CAUUUGAAUACUUCCACUGCACCCCCCACUCAGAGCUUCCACACACAGAACAGAUCGCCUGAGCUAUAUUCCCAGAAUGUCAUAUGCACAAGCUGCUGCCAGUGGGCCGAAGCAGAGUCCUGAAGAGCACACAGACUCUAGUGUGCACUCCCUCAUCGACGUCGACUCACCUCACAUCUCCUCUGUCCCCUCAGACUUCGAAUCGCAAUCCGUAAAGACGGACACGCAAGCCGAGCGCAUUGAGCUCGAGCAGCGCGCGGAAGAAGCUACCGCCGAAGCCAAGUCGGUGAAGGAGAAGGCGAAAGCGAAAGCCGGACGCGGGGGACGGUAUGCCAAGGAGAAUGCAAGGAACCCCGUGCUAAUUGGGAACGCGGUGGCGGUGGGAGUCUUGGGGACCAUGCUAGGUCUGGGUGCGUACAAGAAAUGGGUGCGGGAGGAGUUGAGUUGGAAGGUUUUUGGGGCUUGGGCGGGGGUUGUGGGGUUGUUUGGGGUUGCGGAUUAUUAUGUUUCGCAAUACUUGUUCCAGAAGUACCCGCCGAAGAAAUAAGUCGUUCCUCGAACCUCCCCGACUUUCGACUAGAUCACUCAUGGAUCUCAACGACACCGACAGCGGCGGCGGUUUCCUAAGACCCCUCAAUCUGGAUCAAACCUGUCACUUUUUCCUGUCUAUCUUCAUCCGAUCUCUUUUCAUUUUCUUCAAUUUUCUCUCGAUUCGGUGGCAGCAGUAUAGCAAGCACAUUGGUUCUCAGCUCUUCUUUUGGGUGGGUCUUGUUUAAGCGGCAAGACUUGCUUUCAGAUCUGAUUCCUUGUAUAUAUGAGUCCCAUAACUCCAACACAAUUUUCAGAUAUCCCCAAAAUCCCGGACUUCAUGUUGUAAUUUCUCGCUAAAGAGUUGUGCAUGGCGGGCUUGAGGGAAGGGAAGGAUGGGGGGAGGAGAUAUAGACGUGUUUGGAGGAUGCAUUUAUGCAUCUAGGGAGAGGCGUUCUGGAGGCUUGCUCGCUAACUUAAGACACAUCCCCAAAUAGGAAAUUGUGAUUGAU